AGGUAGGUAUAUAAGACCAGCCCCGACCCGACCAAGAAUGUUUCGAGAGAACGCUCAAGUCAAUAAACCCAAGAUAGUCAAGACACGCUCAGCCCACGCUUGAAAAAACAAACACCCAGUUCCAGUUCAGCAAAGCUUGAGUAUGGAGGGAGACAGGUGGAAAAGAACCACAAACAAGGCAGACCACAGCCAUACCUAUCUAGACAAAACCCGGCCCCAAGACCGCAACUCACCUCCCGAACCAUACUCUUUCUCUCAGUCUCAUGUGAUGCUCCAAGCAACGAAUUCACAGAUAAAGUCUUGCUUUCCUUUUUUUAUUCUUUUUCUUUUUUGUUUAUGCUCGCUCCUCCUGUCCUUCAAGCAUAUAGUAAUAGUAAUAGUAGUAUAGUCCCGUUGGUAUCCCGUUCUAUAAGUCCAUGAUGCGCAAACAAAACAGGAAAAUAACAUACGGGAGUGUAUAUACGGGAAAAAGGCGGACGGCGAUA